UCAUAUUAUUCACAAUACAGCUCGUGCUGCUACCAAGGCCUUUAUGGAAGUGACUGGUUGUGAUCUUGAAGAUAUGACGACCGACUUGUUUUUCUGGUUUUGAAACAGUCAAAAAAGAACUAGCUCACUACAAGACUUUUGUUCCUUUUGUGCUGUAGAAUACAGAAAGAUACUGAAAUAUGUAUCAACGAGAUGGCUGAGCCUAGAAGAAGUCGUGAACAGGGUUCUACUAGAGUAUGAAGGCUUGAAGUCUUAUUUUCUGUCUGAAAAUUGCCGAGAUGCUCGGUUUCAGAGGUUGCGUAGAAGCUUUGAAAAUCCUAUGACAGAGAUUUUCUUUAUGUUUUUCCAAGCAUCUCUGCCUACCUUCACACAAGCAAACAAGCUGUUGCAAAGAGAAGAGCCUUGCAUUCAUAUUCUCUUUGACCGAAUGCUUGAACUAGUUAGAUCGUUCUUGAAAAGAUUCAUUAGCCCACGUGUUAUACGUCGGGCUACAGAUAUUACAGAUUCAUCAGUCAGAGCGUCAAAAGAUCAACUGUCAGACGAAGAACUUGUUGGAUAUGCAACAAAUCAGAUGCUCAGAAGGCUAGAAAGAGAAGGAGAUAUUACGUCUCUUCAACAGAAAAAUUUCCUAGCUGGUGUUCGAAAGUUCUUCAGUGCUGCAACCGAAUAUCUUACUUCUCGUUUUCCGUUUGAAGACGCUCUUUUCCAACAUGCAAAGUGGACGGACUUCAGGACAAGACAAAGCGCAAAAUUUGCAUCUGUACUCUAUUUCGUUGAAAAGUACAAUGGCGUAAUCAAUUUCAGUCACACAGAAAUUGAUUCCCUACAAUCUGAGUUUUUAGACUACCAAAUGCUUAGUGAUAGUUUUCUUCCUGAAGAUGUAGGCAAGGAUGGUUUCAAACUGGAUAGCAUAUGGGCAUUUCUAGCUAGGGCCAAACACGCUGAUGGACAGGAAUGGUUUUCUCUUCUCAGCAAAGUUGCCAGGCUGGUAGCAACUAUCCCUCACUCUAAUGCUGGAGAAGAACGGACUUUCAGCAUGAUUCGGAAGAACAGGAGUGAAUCUCGACCGUGGCUGAAUGCAGAAACGACUGUAGCAUCUAUUAUAAUAACAAAAUUAGCUAUGACGCAGGGUACUGUUCUGAAGUUUGAGCCAACUAAAGAGCUCCUACUGAAAGCAAAAACGGCUACAGCAAGAUAUAACAGAAAACGCAGGAAUGAUAGUUAGAUGUUGUUUUGAGGCGGAGUUAAGUGAGGUCGCUUUAGUUAAUUAACAUUAACUAAUGGAUUUAGCAAAUACCCUGUACAUAUCCAGAUUCAACGGGAGAGCUUUAUAGUUUCGUGUUUGUAAAAAUUUCUGUAUUUAGUCGUUUGUGGCCACGCCCAUAUGCAGAUAUAAGUCACUGUACUGAUAAAAAUCUGAGAUCUCACGCAUUUUCAGUAUUCCUGGUUGGCAACUCUGAGUAUGUCUGAAGUUUGACUCUACUCUUCUGUAACUUCACGCGAGUCAGAAAACGUUUGUAUAUGUACGCAGGUAUCACAGUCAUAGAUGCCCCGGUAUCGACAUCCAUUGUCACUAACGCCCCCGCAACUUCCCCGGUGACUUUAGGUGCGUUCUGUUUGUCUGUCAGAGUAUAUAUCAU